AUGGCAGUGGCGGUGCCAUGCCAACGCGGGGGGGGUGUCUGCGGGACCCACGGGGGUGCUUGGAGGUGUCCAGGGCGGUGGUGGGGGUCUCUCAGUGCUGCACUGGUGGUGUGGCCGCAGGAGUACGGGAUGGCCUGGACCGGGGAGGGGACCUCGGUCCUCCCUUGGUGGCCCCGGGGGAGCGGGGCAGGACCGGACUGCUGGCAUCUCGUCCUUGCAGCCUGCGUGGCAGCAGCCAGCCCCACCGCGAUGCUGCUCAUCCUGCUGCCAGCCUGGGUGGCCCUGUGCGUCCUGCAGCUGCCCCUCGGCAGCACCCAGGAGUGCCUGAGCCAUCAGCAGUUGCUCAGCACCGUGCGGCAGAUGCAGAAGCUGCUGUCGGUGCAGGAGGCUGCCCACCUCCAGGGCACGCGCAGCCUCAGGAAGCAGCUCUCGGCGCUGCAGAGCCGCGUCCAGAGGCUGGCCGGCAAGCGCAACGAGACCUGUCCGCAGCUGGCAGUGCCCGCAAACGGGCGGAAGCUGGGCCGGAGCGUGCGGGUGGGCCACGACGUUCACUUCGUCUGCGACGCUGGUUUUCGGCUGGUGGGCUCGGAGACACGCACCUGCCGGCGCGACCGCACGUGGGGCGGCACCCAGCCCUUCUGCAGAAGUAUUGAUGACUGUUCCAGCAACCCAUGUGCAAACGGUGGGACCUGCGUGGAUGGCAACCAGAGCUACACGUGCCUGUGCCCACGGGGCUGGUCGGGAACCAGCUGCCAGAGCCCCGUCUAUGCCUACUGGGUGACGCUGAGCAACUCCUCCUUCAGCCGCCAGCCCCGUUGUGCCGAGGGCCACCCGGGCUCACGGCACUGCAGCUGCGACGCCGGCUUCCAGAUGCGAGCUGGAGGCGUGUGCCAAGAUGUCGAUGAGUGCCAGCUUUUCCAACCCAGCCCUCAGACCCGGCUGUGCCUACACGACUGCCUCAACCUACCGGGCUCCUACCGCUGCCUCUGCCCCCAGGGGUACAUGCUCCAUGCUGACCGCAACACCUGCGAGGACGUGGACGAGUGCACCAGGAGCCAGCACAACUGCACCCACGGUGAGCUUUGCAUCAACACCUUCGGGGGCCACCGCUGCGUGCGCCCCAAGUGCCCCCCGCCACGCCACAACACCAGUUAUGUCAAGACAUCCAGCUUCCAGUGCGAGAGGAACCCCUGCCCCAUGGACAGCCGAGCCUGCCGCCUGGCUGCCACCUCCAUCUCCUUCCACUACCUGCCUCUCCAGGCCAACCACAGUGUGCCCCGCGUCCUCUUCAAAAUGUCCACCACCCGCUUCGUGGGCGACAGCUUGCGCUUCGCCAUCAUGGGUGGCCGUGGCCAGGGCGUCUUCGCUGUGCGGCGCUCCGACCGACAGACGGGAGAGCUGGUGCUCACCAGCCCGGUGGUGGGGCCAGCCACGUUGGAGGUGGAGCUGGAGAUGAGCGAGUUCUCCCGCAAGGUGCUGCUGGGCAAGCACAUCUUCAAGGUCACAGCCUUUGUGUCCCCAUAUGAGUUCUGAUCCCUGCUGGAGGCAGAUGUGGGGCCAAGCCAGGGUCUGCCCUGCGGAGUGAUGGAGCAGGUUCAGCUUGGUGACCUCCGUUCUUGUCCCAUUAGAGACAUACCAAGGAGUUGGAUUCGGUGAUCCUUGCGCAUCCAUUCCAAC